AUGGUGAGGUCUGCAAGUUGUGAAAAAAAUAGUGUGGCAAAAAGGAGUGUAUGGGUCACAGAAGAAGAUGUCUCUAGCAAUUGGAAUUUUGUCCCCAAAAAAACAGGUAUAAAGAGGUGUGGAAAAAAUUGCAGACUUAGGUGGAGUAACAACAACAACAUGGGUGGUGAUGAUAAGUUAUUCACAUCGGAAGAAGAAGAUCUUAUAGUCAAGCUUCACGCUGCCAUAGGUAGUAGGUGGUCAAUCAUAGCACAACAACUUCCUGGAAGAACAGACAGUGAUGUCAAGAACAACUGGAACACAAAGCUCAAAAAGAAACUAUCUCAAAUGGGGAUAGAUCCUGUUACACACAAGCCUUUUUCUAAACUCAUUGCUGACUAUGGAAAUAUUGGUGCUAAACAAGACUUCAGGAAUUCCAACCUAAUAUUAAAAUCAGAUCCCAAAAUGGAUCUUUCACACUUCCAAAAAAUUCCAAACACAAAAAUAAAGAAUGAGACCAAUAAUGUUGCAUCAUUUAGUUGGAAUGAUUUUCUUCUACAAGAUGCUUUUGCACCAGCACUUACUAAUUACCAAGAUCAAACGUUAUUUUCAAACGAUAUUGUGGUCACCAAAUUACAAUUAGAGAAAAACAAAGAUAUGGUAUCGACAUCGUCAUCCUCCUCAGACAUUUCAUUUGUAGAAGCAAUACUCGAUCAAGAAAAUGAAAUGUUUCUAAGCUUUCCAGAACUUUUGGAGGAACCAUCCCAUUACUGA